GCAAGGGCGAUAUUGCGCGUGCCCGUGACUCUCUCGUCAUAGAAAACAAAGCUAUCUGCGCGGCUUCCAUUACAGCCGAGGGUGCAGACUUCGGGAAUAUCUGAAUAUAAACGCUACCAAACACCCCUAAAUAUGGAUUUACAGCUAGUAUAGGAUCGGUUGAGACUCGGGCCUGCUUGGGGCAGUGAGACGGCAGGACACUAGCGAAACUGACGAAAUAUAGAGUUUUUCUCGGCGUGCUUUGUCUUGGCCACCUAGCAAACCAUCAUUGUAAUUCGAUUGGAAGCUAUUCGGCUAGUGUUUGCUAGCAGGUCUGGGGGCUGGUGUACAUCGCCAUGUUGUUAUCAAAUAGUGACUGUUAAAAAGACCAAUCUUGAAGUAAAGGCGGAAAUUGUGUCCACCAGGUCCUACCGUUUUGCCACAGGGACCCGAAUCGCUACAGUCGCGGAACCCACCACUGUACUGUUGUCGUCCGCGACAUGGCGGAGCAAGGCUACUCUUCUUGGGCGUACUCCCUGGUUGACUCCAGCCAGGUGUCCACCUUCCUCAUCUCAAUCCUCCUCAUCGUCUAUGGCAGCUUCAGAUCAUUAAACAUGGACUGUGAGAACCAGGAGAAAGACAAGGAUGGUAACCCUGUCCCGAAUGGGGCCUUCAACAAUGGCAACACAAACAACAGUGAGUCUCACAUAUUUGGUAUUCAGACUAUAGACUCCACGCAGGCUCUGUUCCUGCCCAUAGGAGCCUCCGUGUCGCUGCUCGUCAUGUUCUUCUUCUUCGACUCUGUCCAGGUGGUCUUCACCAUUUGUACCGCAGUUCUUGCGACAAUAGCAUUUGCAUUCCUCCUUUUGCCGAUGUGCCAGUACUUGACCAGACCCUGCUCCCCACAAAACAAUAGGAUCUCGUUUGGCUGCUGUGGGCGCUUCACUCUGGCCGAGCUCCUCUCCUUCUCCCUCUCUGUCAUGCUGGUGCUGAUCUGGGUGCUCACUGGACACUGGCUGCUCAUGGACGCUCUGGCCAUGGGGCUGUGUGUGGCCAUGAUAGCGUUUGUGCGGCUGCCCAGUCUGAAGGUGUCUUGCCUGCUGCUAUCAGGGCUGCUUAUCUAUGACGUAUUCUGGGUGUUCUUCUCAGCCUACAUCUUCAACAGCAACGUGAUGGUGAAGGUGGCCACCCAGCCGGCUGACAACCCCUUAGACGUGCUGUCCAGGAAGCUCCACCUGGGCCCUGGGAUGGGCCGCGACGUCCCCCGCUUGUCCCUGCCCGGCAAACUGGUCUUCCCCAGUUCCACAGGCAGUCACUUCUCCAUGCUGGGGAUCGGGGACAUCGUGAUGCCGGGGCUGCUGCUGUGCUUUGUGCUGCGCUAUGACAACUACAAGAAGCAGGCCAGCGGGGAGGCUGGGGGACCAGGCACGCCCGGACGCAUGGGGCGCGUCUCCUACUUCCACUGCACUCUCAUCGGAUACUUUGUGGGCCUGCUGACUGCAACUGUGGCCUCCAGGAUCCACCGCGCGGCUCAGCCUGCCCUGCUCUACCUGGUGCCCUUCACCUUGCUGCCUCUGCUCACCAUGGCCUACCUGAAGGGAGACCUGCGGCGCAUGUGGUCAGAGCCUUUCCACACCAAGGCCAGCAGCUCCCGCUUCCUGGAGGUAUGAUGCACCCUGGGAACACAGCCAGUGUGGGGAGGACCAUGAGAGAAGAGUGAGAGGAAGAGCGUGCACUGAAGAGAGGCCUUGUCCUCAUCACUCGUUCAUUCUUUCCACCCAUCCUCUGAGCAGCAGACCUCUCAUAUGGACACCAUUGUGUGGACCUCAUUGCCAGACAACUCCUCUUUGCUUCUUUUUCUUCUUACUCCGUCUCUCCAUUUCCUCUUUCUCCUACUUCCUUUUUUCACAAUUCCUGUCCAUCUUUUUCCACUCCUCUCUAUAUUCCAUACUUUUUUAUCCCCCCUCCCUUUCCAUGGCCCAUUCCAUUUUGCUAGGCCUCUCCCUCUCUCCUUUCGCUCUUGGUCUUUCUCUCUCUCUUUCUCUCACUGACUCUGUCGGACUCCAAGGCCAGGUCUCGCCCUAUAUGGAUUACUGGGUGUGGGACGUGACUGGGUCUUCAUCAUGAAUCAUAUUAUUAUUCUGGAAUGAUUUGGUAUGAACCGCGGAGAGAGUAGGCAUAGCUGCUGCUGCCACUACGCAGGACAAUUGACAUCAGUGCACAGGACCAGCAGCCUACGGGAGAGAGAAGGAAUGGUUAAUCAGUCUCUCCCUCCCUCUGUCUCUGCCAUCCAUCUCCCCCCUCUGUCCCCAGAACACUUCUCCUCUCUUUCCUCUACACCCUCAACCCCUCCCCCUCUCUAACAAUCUCCCCCCUCCCCACCUUCUCUCAUUUGCUGCCCCAUCACAGAAACAUGUAUUUUAUUUAGAAAAUAUUUUAUUCUUGGCAUAUACAGAAAUUAUGCAUUAUAAAUUGUGAAUGUGUCCCUACUAUUGAUGGGGACGCAUCUCUCUUUGUAAAUAUGUGUACACACAUAUUUGGGUGUCAUGUUGUUUGUGUGUGUGUGUGUGUGUGUGAGAGAGCAUAGAAUGCGAGAUUGUGUUAUUUCAUUAUUAUGAACAAUUUAAUAAUGUUUUAGAUCCAGCACAGGUAUAAAAGGCAUCGACAAUGAGGACUUGUGGAGUGACAAGUCUGACUUGGAUCACAGCUUUGUUCUGGAAGGUUAGUCACACUAGGGGAGGUUUCCCUGUGUACACGUUUCCUCCCACGAGUGACAGAAUGGACAUUGGGAAACCCCUAGAUACCCUCGACAUGUGCCAUGGCUGUACCUGGAGGUGUGUCUGUUUCUCUGUGUGUGUGUGAUCAUAUAGCAUUACCUCCAUAAUGUCUAAUGGACCUUGAGAGAGGAAGUCUCUAUUACGCCCCUGAGGGAUUCAGCUUAAUAAAGGAUUGUAAUCAAUGGACCCUGAGAGGUUCAAACUAACCCAUAGCUAGUUUUUACUGUCAACGGUUUAGUAUCACCGCAGUUUUUGGAUUGUCAUUCCUCCCACAGUUUUGUGGUGCUUGUCAGUUAGAUCAUAGCUUGAACAAUACUGGAAUUAAAGUGUGUGAGAGCGAGAGAAUCCGAGGGAGAGCGAGACUUGGAUGGAACAUGCAGUUUGCUGGCUUCCUGUCUUGGGUUGUUUUCUUUACCUGUUUUUUUUAUGUUGGUUCUCUGGCCUUGCAUGUCAAGUGUACAGUGUGUGUCAUUCCUCAGACUGCAUCAACAGGACACUUGCAGCUCAGAGACUCUCUGCUGGCCCAAACCAAGGCACUGAGCUUUGCCAGCAAGGCUGCACAGAGGAAAGUUACAUGGACAAAGGCCAGGAGUCUGGAGGACUCUGAACGGUUCUGACCCAACAGGCCACCUGGCAGGUUUUUGAGACUUGUUUAGCCCUGACUUCACUCUGGCUGAUCAUUACCUGGACAUUAUCUGGCUGUGGGACAGACCACUGUCGGAUGGCCUAAACAUCAUGGACUUCAUGUAACUACAAAAAACCCAUCCCUGUCCCCUCUGCCUCUUUAUGGACUUGGCAAAGAAAAUAUCAAAAACGAUGACGAUCAUGGUGAUAAAAAAUUGAAGAACAAUUGAUGUUUUCAUUUUUUAUGGAAUAUCUUUCUUUUUAUCCCCUUUGUAUUAGUUUUUUUUCUCUUUCUUUUUUUCUUAGUGCUGUAGGUUUAGGUUUCCCAUUUGAUACUUUCCUUUCCUCUCCUCACUUGCAGCAGAGGACUGGCUCUAGCUCUUGGUGCAUUGCCAUUACAGCUGAAUGGAUUCUGUAUACAAAAAGUUGAAUAAAUUAAGAACUGUUUAGUGAAACAUGGACUUUAAUGAGCUGAAUCUAAAAUAUUUUGUCUUCUUAAACCCCUCCCUGUUCCUUUCCCCCCUUGUCAGGAUUCUACUGUAAAUAAACAUGACUCUAACUGUA